AUAACCGAGUCCCAGAGAGGAUCACAUGCAGUUUGCUGUCUCGUUCUGACCACCACAGAAAUGGAAUACAGAAGUGACCAAAUGGCAGUGAACCCUUGCCCUUACCCUUACCAGGAACAAAAGCAGUACGGCCAGGCGAUGACCAGCACCGUCGUGAACGUAGGACCGAAUGUGUCCUCGGUCCGGGAUCAUUUCCUCUGGUCCAUGUUCAACUUCUUCUAUCUGAAUUUCUGCUGCCUCGGCUCCAUGGCGCUGGUGUUCUCGGUUAAAAGCAGAGAUCGGAAAGUCGUGGGAGAUGUAGAAGGAGCAAAGAACUAUGGAUCUACAUCACGAAGUCUCAACAUUGCAUCCACAACACUGAGCAUCCUUGUCAUCAUAAUCAUCAUUGCAUUACUCAUUGGUGGCAUAAUAAGCAUUCCGUCACACCGUGGAUAUAACAUGGGUUAAAAUAGCCUAAAUCAAUAGGCUCAUUGCUUUAUUCACCAUGAUUGGUGUUGCUUUGUAACCAAACUCCUUUCAUGCAUUCUGUUAUUCAUUUCUGUCAAUAAUGUUUCUGUAGUGCUGACAUGUUUAAAGUUAUGACAUCUCAGUUAGACAGAUUUAUUUUCUUUAUGCUCUGUCUGUGUUAAUAAAACAAUUGAUGGUAGACCUA